AUGGCCAUGUUUCGAGACAUUGCAUCCGAAUUCGAACAACUAAGUUCGGCGAGUUGGAUCAUCAACGCAUACAUCAUUGGCAUCAUUGCUGCGCAGCCUUUGUACGGAAAGCUGAGUGAUAUCUAUGGACGGAAACCACUUCUCCUGUUUGCAUACAUCUGCUACUGCGUAGGUGCAACGAUAGCAGGCGCUGGCUUCUCGUUUUGGGGUCUAUUGCUGGGAAGGUCUCUUUGCGGAAUUGGCAAUGCCGGCAUCACAGUGCUCAUCUCAACCCUCAUCGUUGACCUGGUGCCCAUGCGCGAGGUUGCGGUUUGGCGAGGCUACGUUUAUGCCAUCAACCAGAUCGGCAGAGCUUUGGGUCCUUCCCUUGGCGGCAUCAUCUCUGAUAGCACAAACUGGCGAUGGGCUCUUCUGUACCACGUACCUCUCAACCUCGCAGGGCUCAUCUUCAUUUGGGCAAAGAUGUCGUUCCCCAAGCCAACUGCUCCAGACACAAAGGCAGUUGGGCGGAAUCCGACAACCACCGAGGAGACUGCCUACGCCAAGUUCAAACGGAUUGAUCUCUCAGGAUCAACCAGUUUGGCCAUCGCCAAUGUGUCUUUGCUACUAUUUCUUGACCAAAUCGAAAAGGGCCCUGAAAACCUGGUCCACAACGCCAUGGCCAUGGUGCCAAUGUCGACUUGGUUGGGAUUCUUGGUAGUCUUUCUCUUGGUGGAAGCUUUCUGGGCAAGAGAACCAAUCUUCCCUCUGAGGCUGCUGCGGAAGCGGAAUGUUGUAUCAGCCUACGCGAUCCAGUUCGUUUUUACAGCUGCUCAAGUAGCGCUUUACACAUCCAUCCCGCUCUACUUCCGCGUGACAAUGAGCGACACCAACACCACGUCCUCCCUCCGACUGCUUGUCGUGACAUUGGGCACCGUUGCUGGAAGUCUCAUCAGCGGCUAUGUCAUUAAACGGACCGGGCUGUACCGUCUCAUCACCAACAUUGCUGCUAUCCUGUCUAACCUCAGCUUUCUGGCCAUCUUUUUGAGAUGGCGGGGGGUGACGCACUGGGGGGAGACUCUCUAUGGGUUCCCCAUUGGUGUUGGCUUUGGUGUCUCCCUGUCGGCAGCGUUCAUUGCGCUCACAUCAGGGCUCGAGUCAAGCCAGGUAGCGGUGGCUACUUCCGGUUUCUACCUCAGCAUGAACAUCGGGAGCCUGCUGGGUGUCAGCACUGCUUCCCUUCUCAUUGCCUCUUUUGUGGAAAGCACCCUGAGAGACAAGUUGCCUGACCUGCCAGACAAGGAGCAGAUCAUCAGAGAUGUGCUCUCCAACUUUGACGCCAUUGAUGGGUUGCCAGAGAAGAUUGCGGAUAUUGUGCUCAAGGCCUAUGAGAGGAGCUUUGUUAAUAUUUGGUUAUUCUGCGUGGUGUUUGGUGUCAUGGGGCUGAUCACUAGCUUUGUGAUGAGGGAGGGGCAGCUUCAUCAGUCGCCGGGUGCGUCCAAGCCCAAGAGACCAGAACGGAGUCGAAGUCAUCAAGGCUAUGGUGCUGUCUCGGAGUCGGAUAGUGAGGGCGAUAACGCGUGA